AUGCCGGAAACGCUCAUUCUCUUUGAUAUACCCGAUCGGAACGGAACCUGCUGGUCUCUUAAUCCUUGGAAGACACGGCUGACCCUUAAUUACAAGGGCAUUGACUACAAGACGGAAUGGCUUGAAUAUCCCGAUAUUGAGGCCAGGCUCAAGCCUACCGGGUUGGAAGGCGACCCGGAUCAGGUCAAGCCGUACACUUGUCCCGCCGUACAAUUCCCAGAUGGCACGUACAUCAUGAACAGCGCCAAGAUCAUCCAGCGCAUUGAGGCCGACUACCCGGAGCCGCCUCUCUAUAUCGACUCAGAAGUACUUUCGCAAACGUACGGCCUACUUGGCAAGACAUUUGAGGCACUCGUUGCUGUUAUCCUGCCCGCCGUCCCUCGUGUCAUUCUGGGCGAGAAGAGCGCAGAAUACUUUCACAAGACUCGGGCGGAGAGGUUUGGGAUGUCACUGGAUGAACUUGAGAAGACCAAGGGUGGAGAAGAGGCUUGGGUCAACGCGAAGGAACCAUUGGAGGGUCUCGCGGCUCUCUUGAACAAGACAGAUGGUCCGUACUUCCUCGGAGACAAAGUCUCUUAUACAGACUUCGUGUUCGUUGGAUUCCUAUCCUGCGUCAAAAGAGCCGGUGAGGAUAAGUAUCAACGCCUCCUCCAGCAUUCUGAAUCGUUUGAUAAGAUUUAUAAAGCUUGCGAGAAGUGGUUGGAGCGCAAUGAUCAUUGA